UACAUGGUUUUUCCAGAAGCUAAGCUCAUCCGGCGGGCUAGUAGAUACAGUCAAAACUGAUACAAAAUACCUGAAAUGGGGGGUGACAGAAUAAUGAUAGGAGUGUUGAUGUUGCUUUCAUGGGCCACCUCAAUAGCUGCAGCCGUGGACUGUACCACUGUGACAGGGCUAAUCUCAGCCUGCUCCACCUUCAUUACCUAUGGUUCACCCGACCCCUACCCGGGUUUACCAUGUUGUGAUGCUGUGACGAACCUGAACUUGAUUGUUGACUCCACCGAUAAUAGGAGAUCCGUUUGUGGGUGCUUAAUGGGGCUCAUUACCACUUACAAUCCUAAUUCCACUGCUAUUGCUACUUUGCCUGGCUUUUGUGGAGUCACCCUGGGCUUCACCAUUGAUCCUAAUACCGAUUGCAACUUGUAUAUCUCUCAAUCUCUCCGUCAAAAAUGGUUUUGAGUCAUUGUUUGGUGAGCAUGCCUUUAUUUCACGUGUUUAGUUACUACUAUUUGACCUGGUUUGUUGUUAUAUAUGCAGCAUUCCAUGAAUGGGAAUUUAAUUACAGGGAUUGAAAGGUGGCUCCAUCAAGAGACAUACAGAAGAAUCUAUCAAAUAAGAAGCCGACUUCAGCUACGGAGAGAUGGAUUAUAUACUUCUCCACAAGCAAUAAAAGAAAUGACCUACUUUCUUGUUGCUACAUCUUAAUAUUAAUAUAGCUUCUGCUCAUGUUGUGCAAUCGAAGGGUUAAUUUGACGUUGGGCGGACCAAAUAACCCACUUGAUUAUAAACAUUACACAAUCUUGUAAAUUUUCGAAAAGUAGAAAGCUACAUUGCAGUCAUUGCUUUUUGAUUUGAACUUGAUUGAGACGAACCACAUGUAUGUCAUUG